AUGUUCAGCGGCCUCAAGAGAAAGCUCACUAAACGCUCAGCGAACUCGACGAGUGACGCAACUACGAGGAGCGUGAACACGACUGCCACUUCACCUACAGGUUCGAAAAGUAGAGGUCUUGGUUCUGCGUCUUCUCCAAACAGCAAUCCCUUUGCUUCAUCGUCACCUGCUACACGAAGACCACAUAGCUCAACUAUGAAUCCCUUUGGCUCUCCCAGCGAUGCCCCUCCUGCCUACACUUCCGAUGCCGGCCUGCAGCCUGCCAUGGGCGCAUAUCGCCCCGCCUCCACCGCUUCCUCCGCAGUCGACGACCCCUAUGCCUUCCUCAAAACCUUUGAUACGAUUUUCCUAAUCGACGACUCAGGCUCUAUGGCUGGUCGAUCCUGGCACGAAACCGAAACCGCUCUUGAGACCAUCACGCCAAUAUGCACCGCCCGCGACGCCGAUGGAAUUGACCUGUACUUCUUCAACCACCCAGAUUCCCCGCUAUACAAGAACGUCACAUCUGCAUCGACGAUAAUUGAGAUCUUCCAGAGCGUGCAGCCGAGCGGGGCGACGCCGACAGGCCAGCGUCUCAACCAGAUCAUGAAGCCAUACUUGAAGGAGUACGAGAAGAACCCCGAGACUACGAAACCCAUCAAUAUCAUCGUCAUCACGGACGGGGAGCCAACUGAUGAUGUUGAGUCUCCGAUCAUAUCUGCUGCGAAGAAAUUAGAUAAAUUGGAGGCACCGGCUUGGCAGGUGGGCAUUCAGUUCUUUCAGGUGGGCAAGGAGAUUGGCGCGCGGGAGCACCUCAAGCAGCUUGAUGAUGGGCUGAAAGAGAUCUCUGGCGAUGACGAGUUGAGGGAUAUUGUGGAUACGGUGCCGUUCACUGGGGAGGGUGAUGCGGAGCUGACAGCCGUGGGUAUUAUGAAGGUUGUACUUGGAAGUGUGAAUCGGCGAUUGGAUCGUAACUCGAAGGAGGUGCAUCGAAAAGCGUGA